CGGUAUCGGUAUGGCAUCUCUAUUUUGCAUUCUCUUAUAUCUUAUUUUGUUUUAGUUUUUGUUCUCUCUUUCGCAUCCCGGGUGGUCCAUUGCAAUCUUACCUGGCAUUUAUUUUCUAACCGUUUGUUUCCGCGGUCUGAGUUGAGUUUUGAUUUCUUUCGAAUUUGUGUUUAAUUUAAUAUUGAGUGCACGUCUUUUAUAAUAUGAAUUAAAAUGUUACAUGAAUUUCAAUAAAGCACCUUUUGUUUAUGCAAAUUCCUUAUUAAAUUGCUAGCAUUGAAGUGAGAAGACAAAACAAUAUUGUAGCAUGGACAAGUGGAGUAAAACGCAGUUAAGUAUCUUUUUGUUACUAUGCGUUUAUAUUCAACUGUCUAAAACGCUAGGAGAUGUCUCUUCACGGAACGCUAACACACUCGUUACGCCAUACACGUCAACCACCACUGUGACUAUACAAACCGAUUUGGAGCCCAUAAAUGGUACAAUCAAUUAUCGAAUUAAUGGUAAGAAGAAUCGUGACAAUAAGCCUUGGUUCGACGGGCGUGGCCUGGAUAUGCAACACACACAGUGUGUGCGUCAUGGUCGUUGCGAGCGGCUCGUAAACAGCACAUGCUUUGGAGCUAACAUUACAUAUAGUUUAACCAGUUUAGAUCUCACCGACUACCAAAACCAAGAUCAAAUGUUAAAGCAUUUAAGUAGUUAUCGUGCGCUUAGAAAUGUACCCAAAUGUUGGGCCGUAAUACAACCUUUUCUCUGCUCUGUGUUUAUGCCAAAAUGUGAACAGAUAAAUGGCAAAGAUAUGGUUUACCUACCCUCUGUGGAAAUGUGUCGCAAAACAUGGGAACCAUGUCGCAUACUCUACAAUACCUCGUAUUUCCCCGAAUUCCUACGUUGCAAUGAGACUUUGUUUCCACCUAAAUGUACCAACGAUGUACAGGAUAUGAAAUUCAAUGCAACAGGUAGCUGUUUGUCACCACUGGUGCCAGCCGAUUCCAGCAGCAGUUACUAUCCUGGCAUUGAAGGUUGCGGUGUACAAUGCAAAGAUCCUUUAUAUACAGAUGAUGAACACCGACAAAUUCACAAAUUGAUCAGCUGGCUGGGCACACUAUGUUUCUUAGCUAAUUUGUUUGUUGUAGCCACUUUUAUUAUUGAUUGGGAGAAUGCUAAUAAGUACCCAGCUUUGAUUGUGUUUUACAUAAAUUUAUGCUUCAUGAUUUCCUGUUUGGGUUGGCUGGCACAAUUCACACCCGGUUCACGUGAGGAUAUCGUUUGUCGCAAAGAUGGUACGCUGCGACAUUCAGAGCCGACUGCCGGUGAAAAUCUAUCCUGCAUUAUUGUAUUUGUACUUGUCUACUACUUUCUAACCGCAGCCAUGGUUUGGUUUGUUUUCCUCACCUACACUUGGCACCUGCGUGCAGUGGGCAACGUCCAAGAUCGCAUUGAUAAGAAAGGUUCAUAUUUCCAUUUGGUUGCGUGGUCCCUACCGCUAGUGCUUACCAUUACCACAAUGGCACUGAGCGAAGUAGAUGGCAACAGUACGGUUGGCAUAUGCUUUGUUGGUUACCUAAAUCAUCCCAUGCGGGCCGCGUUAUUGCUGGGCCCUUUGUGUGGCGUUAUUUUGGUUGGUGGCUACUUUGUUACACGCGGCAUGAUAAUGCUAUUUGGGCUGAAGCAUUUUGCCAACGAUAUCAAAUCCACAUCGGCAAGCAAUAAGAUACAUCUGAUCAUUGUUAGAAUGGGUGUGUGUUCGAUAUUUACACUCAUUUUCAUAUUAGCAGCCAUUGCAUGUCAUGUAAACGAGUUUAAUCAUUCACGCGAAUGGGCUGAAAGUCUCGGAAAAUACAUAGUUUGUCGCAUUGCCACCGAGGAAAAGUGCCGAAUCGAAAAUCGUCCUAGUAUUGCGUUGCUGCAGCUGCAUUUGAUCUGCCUCUUUGGCUCGGGAAUUGUCAUGUCUACUUGGUGCUGGACACCAUCGUCGCUUGGCACCUGGCGUCGCUACAUAAGAAAGAAAUGCGGAAAGGAAGUUGUAGAGGAAAUAAAAAUGCCAAAACACAAGGUGAUCGCUCAGACUUGGGCAAAACGCAAAGAGUUCGAGGAUAAGGGUAGACUCUCCAUAACACUUUACAACACGCACACCGACCCUGUAGGUUUGAAUUUUGAUGUAAAUGAUUUAAACUCAUCUGAAACCAAUGAAAUCAGUUCAACGUGGGCGAAUUAUUUGCCACAAUUUGUGAAACGCCGGAUGGCACUCACCGGUGCGGGCACCACAAACUCAUCAAGUCAAGGCCCACGUAAAAACUCCGUGGACUCGGAGAUCAGUUUUAGUGUACGACAUGUUUCCGUAGAAUCACGACGCAAUUCUGUCGACUCUCAGGUGUCGGUAAAAAUUGCCGAAAUGAAAACAAAAGUCGCCUCACGCACACGCAAUGGCCAUCAUCAUCAUCACAGUAGUAAACAUGCAACUGCCACCAAUAAACGUACGCAUAAACGUCGUGACUUUAUGUCGGCAGCCACAACUGGGCGUAAAUAUAGUGGACGACGGGAAAGCAGUACCUCCAUAGAGUCGCAGGUCAUUGCUUUAAAAAAGACGACAUAUCCAAAUGUCAGUCACAAGGUCGGCCUCUUUGCACAGCAAAGUACAAAGAAACACCAUACGCACGGGGGUAAAAUGAUGAAGCGACGAAGCGCCAAUGCUGGUUUGGACCCGGCCGAUAUCAGUGAAUUUUUGGCCAAAAACGGUCAGUUGCUUAUGCCUUUCCUGCAGCAGCAAGGUUUGAGCAGCUCUUCUGAGGAGGAAAAUUCACAUGCCUCCUUCAAAAUAAAAGAUUCUCGCUUAGAUGUACUGCUUAAACAGGAUUUAAGUGACGAUUCCAACUAUAAUGACGAAAACAAUGUGGCUCAUGCUCAUGCAGGUGCACGUAUCGAAGAAAUAAACGCUGAAACAAGCGAACGCAAUGCUAAGAAACAGAUCGCUUUAGAGAAUCUGUUAAAGAAUAUGCAGAAAUCGAAUGAAUCGGGCGGUAACCGCAAUUCACGCAACUCUACACGUAGCCGGCAUUCACGUAAAUCACAGGCGACCAACACUGCGACCACUGCAACAUGCUCCGCUGCGGCCGUGCUUGCUAACAGCAACAGUCGUCGUUCACAGCGCAGCAACAAGAGCAGAAAGCACAGUUCAAUGCGCUCGAAUGUUGCCGCGACCGCUUUGUUGCACAACCACAGCAACGACGAGGAGGAUCCGUUGAAUAUAUCUGAUUUGAAUUUGCAUUUAGCACGUGAUCUCAAUGGUGAUGGUAUCGUGGAAAUUGGUGAUUCCAUCACCUCUUCGUGCACUUCCUCCGAACUCGACUUACCGCUAGGUUUGACAUUGCACAGCUCCUACUCGGCGCACUCUACAGGCAAGCCGCACUCGCGUAACAGCAAAACAAGCUGUGAUGUGGGCAUACAAGCGAAUGCCUUCGAAAUUGCAACGCACAAUUUAUCUUCCUAUGACGAAGACGAAUUGAAGGUGGCAAUGCGACAAUUAAAUGCGAAGAGCGCGAAACAGAAAAAUGAUUAUGCUAACGAGGCCAUCGACGCCACCGAAAUGAAUACAUUGUUGCGCAACAACAAUAACAAGCACACGCUCUUAUGCAAAAAGAAAACGUACAAUUUUUCUUCCAAUGAGGAAGACGAAUUGGAGUUGGCAAUGCGGCAAUUGAAUGCGAAGACUGCGAAACAGAAAAAUGAUUAUGCUAACGAAGCCAUCGACGCCACCGAAAUGAAUACAUUGUUGAGCAACAACAAUAACAAGCACAGGGAAACAACGCUCUUAAGCGAAUCCGAGAAGUUGAAGUUAUUGUUGCUGCCAUCGAAGUAAAUAAAAAUAGAAUCUCAAGGAGAUGAAAGUAACAAUUAAGAAAGUCGCAUAAGGUCAUUGUCAGCGAAAGUCCAAAAUGUGCAGCAGCGGAUAAUGUAAAGCAAAGUGUUUAGUAGCACUAAGUAUAAAAGUUAGUGCUUUAUGUGUAAUGCACUUAUAUAUUUUUUUUUUGCAUUUUUAUACCCUGAGCAGAGUAUAUUAAGUUCGCUACGCAAUUAGUAGCACCGAAAACGAAACGUUGGAGAUCUAGUCGUUGUAUGAAAAAUUUUUGUAUUUGACAAAAUGUCUUCACGAAACUCGGAUGCAUGUAUAGCUGCGGCGCCGCCGAAGUUAACGUUUUUUUUUUUUCUUUUUUUUAUGUAAUUAACGAGUACCGUUUAAACAGUUAUAGUUCUGUAAAUUGGUAUUUUAUUUACCGUAACUACGCUUUGUUUCGCAUGUUUUUAUAUAACGAAAAUAUUGUCUGAAAAUACUCAUUUUGAUACCGAAAUCACGAAUAUUGCAUUUAUAUGUAUUUAUGCAUUUUUAUAAUAUACUCAUAUACUAUAAAACUUCUGUACUGACUUGAUAUGAUUUAAGCAUAUAUUUAUACAUACCUUUUUUGUAAUAUAGAUUAUAAUUCUACUUUUAUAGCAUAAAAGUACUAAUUUUGUAAUUAAAGUAAGUGAAAAUACAGAAAAUAUUUUUAUAAAUUUUUCUAUAUAUUUAAAUUACUGCAUGAAAUCAACGAGAAAGCUCAAAUAUAGAAAUAGUUAUUAGUGCCUUAAGAUUUUUUGAACAUUUUUAAACGUAGGAUUCUAUUGUAUUUAUGAAAUUAUACAAUGUCAAAAUUGUCAAUAAAAAUGAUACAUAAAUGAUUACGGUACUGUGUAAAAGUACUCAAAUCAUAAUACAUCAA